GUUCAUUAGUUUCGCGUGCACCCCGGGUUCCAAAGGAGACCUUGAUCCGUUCCCGUAAGGAGGCGGGGGCCGCGCUCCCUUACCUUUCUUGUCGCACCCUUGCAAAUAGCGGAUAACCAAGAACGAUUUCAAACCCUAACCGGUCGGUCCCACGCCCUCCCUCUCCGGAUUCUUUAAGGGGCCUCAGCCCUGUGUAGCAUAUAAUACCUACCGGUGUAUCUCGUCCCCUUCUCUCUCUGUCGCUAGCUCUAAUCUCAUCUGAGAUCGAUCUUUCUCGAUCUCCGACGAUGGCUGCGAACUCCGUCCUCGCCAACGGCGGCAAGGGGUGGUCGCCCGGCCGCCUCACGGCGGUGUACAGCGAGGUGCAGACGAGCCGCCUUAACCACCCCCUUCCCCUCCCCUCCGUCGUCAGAGGACCCUUCAAGAUCGUCGACGGGCCUCCAAGCUCCGCCGCCGGAAACCCCGAUGAGAUCAAGAAGCUGUUUCCUAAUCUUUUCGGUCAGCCAUCGGUCACGCUGGUGCCGACGGGCGCCACUCCGUCCGAGAUGGCUGGGAGUCUUAAGGUCGGCGUGGUGCUCUCCGGAGGGCAGGCUCCCGGUGGGCACAAUGUCAUCUCUGGGAUCUUUGAUUACUUGCAGGAUCGGGCUAAGGGGAGCACGCUGUAUGGAUUCAAGGGAGGUCCAGCAGGGAUCAUGAAAUGCAAAUACGUGGAGCUUACUCCAGAGUUCAUCUAUCCUUAUAGAAAUCAGGGUGGAUUUGAUAUGAUCUGCAGUGGAAGGGACAAAAUUGAAACUCCAGAACAGUUUAAGCAAGCUGAAGAGACAGUCUUGAAACUCGAUUUGGAUGGACUUGUUGUGAUUGGUGGUGAUGACUCGAAUACCAAUGCAUGUCUUCUUGCUGAAAACUUCAGGGUGAAGAAUAUGAAAACUCGAGUUAUUGGAUGCCCAAAGACAAUUGACGGAGAUCUCAAAUGCAAGGAGGUUCCAGCAAGUUUUGGAUUUGACACAGCUUGCAAGAUAUAUGCUGAAAUGAUAGGAAAUGUUAUGACAGAUGCUCGAUCUACUGGAAAAUAUUACCACUUUGUGAGGCUUAUGGGACGUGCUGCUUCUCACAUCACAUUGGAAUGCGCUUUACAAACACAUCCAAACAUCACUAUCAUUGGAGAAGAGGUGGCUGCCAAGAAACAAACACUAAAAAAUGUCACAGACUAUAUUACUGAUAUUAUCUGCAAGCGUUCAGAGCUUGGUUACAAUUAUGGAGUCAUACUUAUUCCAGAAGGUUUGAUUGACUUUAUUCCAGAGGUUCAGCAACUUAUAGCAGAACUAAAUGAGAUCUUAGCUCAUGAUGUUGUUGAUGAAGCGGGGCUGUGGAAAAAGAAGCUCGGCCAUCAAUCUCAGCUUCUCUUUGAAUUUCUACCCCAAGCAAUCCAAGAACAACUGUUGUUAGAAAGAGAUCCACAUGGAAAUGUACAGGUUGCCAAGAUUGAAACUGAAAAAAUGCUUAUUUCUAUGGUUGAAACUGAGUUGGAUAAAAGAAAGUCAGAGGGAACAUAUGCAGGGCAAUUUAAAGGGCAAUCCCACUUUUUUGGUUAUGAAGGAAGAUGUGGUUUGCCAACAAAUUUUGAUGCUAUGUAUUGCUAUGCAUUGGGUUGUGGUGCAGGAGCUCUUCUCCACUCCGGAAAGACUGGCCUCAUUUCUUCGGUGGGUAACUUGUGUGCUCCUGUUGAGGAAUGGACUGUUGGAGGAACUGCACUGACUGCAUUAAUGGAUGUUGAGAGGAGACACGGUAAGUUCAAGCCCGUGAUAAAGAAGGCAAUGGUGGAGCUUGAAGGUGCACCCUUUAAAAAGUUUGCGUCCUUUCGUCAUGAGUGGGCGCUCAAGAACAGAUAUAUCAGCCCAGGUCCUAUUCAGUUUAUUGGCCCUGGAUCCGAUGAUGUCAAUCACACUCUACGGCUGGAACUUGGAGCUGCGGCAUAGACAUCUCCAAUAUUUUGCUAACUGCUUUUUAUGAGGGAAGGAAAAAGCUCAAACUGAGUGUGCGUUUCUCAUUUUAGAGGGCAAGUCUUUGAGUCUGUAUGUUCAGACCAUCGUCUUUCAGAUUGCGAAUAAUAACAUUUUGGAUGUUUGUAGAGUCCCGGAUACAAUUUGAUUUCUUGUUGACUGAUGUUUUGGUAUAAACUAUUCCAGCUGAAUUAUUUAUGAAGCAAUGUUAUUGAUGUUA